CUCAUUCAAUCUCGCCUUCACUCCUCAGACAACAACGACUGCUCACCCUCGCGUUCUGGAUACCGUUUAACAUCUAACGUUUUAAUAACCACUCCUGCAGGGUACCUAUUUCUUUCUUCUUCUGACCUGCCUUGACCUGAGCUUCAUCAUAUCCGAACCACAACUGCAAUAGAGACAACAACAACGAUCGAUUACCCAUCAUGGCAGGAACUCCCCUCAGCCCGCAGAACAUUCUGCAGGGCAUGGCAGAUGCCCUGCCGAAUCAUGAGACAGGCGAUACCACCUCAGACAUGAGCAGCUCUGCCGAGGCCCUCGCCCUCUUCACACACGCCUGCAUGGUCAACCUGGGCUUCCGUCUGCUGGGCUUCCACGAGGACCACAAGAUUGAACAGGAAUGCGCCUCCCUCGCGCCCCGCCUCCCAUCCAGAUGGAACGCCUCCGUCUCUUCCUACUCGUUCCUCUACGCACACACUCAGUCCUCCAUGCAAUUCGUUCUCAAAAUCGACAGGAUGGGUUCCAAGACCGAGAUCCGCGGCCUGGCCGUCGGUGCCGACAAGAUCACCCGCCUCGAGAUCUCGGCGCGCGACUACAUCUCCUCGUCCGCCCUGCCGCUGCGCAUCACCCUCCGUCCAGACGGCGCCGAGGACCGCUCCGACCUCACCUCGAAGCUGCAGGCCGUCUUUAUCUCGCCCGAGCGGGUCGCUGAUCUCGCCAGCCUGCUCAAAAUCAACAUUUUCCAGAGGCUGAUCCCAGGCCUGCAGAAGGAGGGUUACGAGGAGACUGCCGACGCGCUACAGGAUGCCAACACCGCCGCUCGAGAGAGGUCCGGCAGGCCGCAGCAGCAUCCCAGGGUCCCCGAGCCGGCCCUCCCCGAGCUAGCCAGGCCGUACCCGUUCGACGACCCCCUCGCUGCGCCGCGGAGACCCGGCGUGCCAGCAGGCGACUUCGCUCCACCUGGUUUUGAGGACGAGCUCGAGAUCAACAGGCCGCCACGCGGCGGCCUGCGCAUGCCUGGCGACGGCAGGUCACCAUUUAAUAUUGGACACGACGACCUGCAUCCACCGGGACUCGCUCCCUAUGAUCCUCUGCGAGGCAGCUUUGUGCCCGGCGGCGGACUGCCGCGCCCGGGCGGUAUGGGUGGCGGAAUGCACCCCACGUUCGACGAUCCGCUCUUCCAGGGCGGCGGAGGCCAGGGUGGGGGGCACGAUCCGCAGGCGCCGCCUGGCGCGCGGUGGGAUCCUGUCGGGCCUGGGAUGGGACCGCCGAGAUUCGGUGGUGGACGGCCGGGUGGCAGUGUGUACGAUUACGGGGCUUGACGAUGUACAUGGCAGUGUUUUUUUCAUAGCAGAGCCUAGUCAGAAUCAGGCCAGAUGAACCUGACCCCCGAGAAUGAGACCGACUGGCUUCGUCUUCUUC